GUGGUGAGAGUGGAGCCACUGGCAAACAUGGGUCAAGUGACGGCUCUCCUUAACUCCAUCGGCUGGACGCUGCCGGUGCUGCCCGAGCUGGAUGACCUCACCGUGGGUGGGCUGGUGAUGGGCACAGGCAUCGAGUCCUCCUCCCAUAUCUACGGCCUUUUUCAGCACAUAUGUGUGGCAUAUGAACUGGUCCUUGCAGAUGGCAGCUUAGUGCGCUGCACAGAGGAGGAGAACUCUGAUCUGUUCCAUGCCGUCCCCUGGUCCUGUGGCACGCUGGGGUUUCUGGUCGCAGCAGAGAUUAAAAUAGUCCCAGCUAAAGCUUGGGUGAAGCUGCGCUAUGAGCCAGUCAGAGGCCUGGAGAACAUCUGCAAACGUUUCGCCGAGGCAUCACAGAACAAGCAGAACACGUUCGUGGAGGGGAUCCAGUAUAGCCUGGACUCAGCCGUCAUCAUGACAGGAACCAUGACCGACCAUGCAGAGCCAGAUAAGAUCAACAGAAUCGGCCUGCACUUCAAACCCUGGUUCUUCAAACAUGUAGAGAGCUACCUGAAAGGAGAGCGCAGUGGAGUGGAGUUCAUCCCUCUGAGGCAUUACUACCACCGACACACACAGAGUAUCUUCUGGGAGAUCCAGGAUAUCAUCCCAUUUGGCAACAAUCCUGCGUUCCGCUGGCUUUUCGGAUGGAUGGUUCCUCCUAAGAUCUCGCUGCUGAAACUGACCCAGGGAGAAACCAUCAGACGUCUGUAUGAGCAGCACCACGUGGUCCAGGACAUGCUGGUUCCCAUGAAGCAUCUGCAGGCUGCCAUCACACGCUUUCACCAGCAAAUCAAUGUUUACCCUCUGUGGCUGUGCCCGUUCCUGUUACCGGCCGGCAGGGGAAUGGUUCACCCUAAGGGCCAACAGGAGGAGCUGUACGUGGACAUCGGAGCCUACGGGGAGCCAAAGGUCAAACACUUUGAGGCCAGAGCAUCAACGCGUCAGCUGGAGAAGUUCGUCAGAGACGUACACGGGUUCCAGAUGCUGUAUGCAGAUGUGUACAUGGAUCGGGAGGAGUUUUGGGAGAUGUUUGAUGGACAGCUGUACCACAAACUACGAGCUGAGUUGGGCUGUAAGGAAGCUUUUCCUGAGGUUUAUGAUAAAAUCUGUAAAUCUGCCCGUCACUAAAGUCCUCUCAGCGCCGCCAUCUAACGUCCUUUAUCCCAGUUAGACCACGGCGCCGGGCGCCACUAAACCAGCAUGGAGUAAAUGGGCGUUUCUAGCAAAGAAAAACUCUCAUGCAUGAGGAUGUGGCUGCGCUCUUCUUUGCUGAACUAGUCUUGUUUACACUGAGCCUCCUGCUCAACAUCGCCACUGUGUUUGAUGAGCAUCUUAACAUUCCUGUAUAUUAUAAGCAUUCCUAGAAUGUACUGUUGAAAUACUUUUGCAAUCAGUUAAAACGAAAAGUAAAAGACAACUGCUAUUUUCAUGUCCAAAUAAAACUAAUUAAGAAUAUAUAUUUUUUAAUAAAG